AUGUCGAGAAUCCGUCAGCUUGAGACUCAUGUGAAGGUGCUUCAGAGAGCCGUAAAAGAAGAGAACUCUGUAGCUCCACAUAUGCCCCGCAUGGCUAUGAAGAGGAAAAAGAAGUUUCGUCCCAUUGACUUCAACAAGUACACCAUACGUCAUGUAGCACUGGAGGUCAUGUACCUCGGCCACGACUACACAGGAUAUGCUGGCACAGAGGAAUUAGAGCACACCGUUGAACGUGAACUGUUUGAGGCUCUUAUAAAGUGCAAGCUUAUUGAGUCCAAAGAGUCAGUGCGUUACAGUCGGUGUGGUCGAGCAGACAAGGGUGUUAGUGCAUUUGGACAGCCAAGGGAGAGAGCCACAUGUGACAAGACCACGGAGAUAAGGUACUGCCACGUGCUGAACAGGAACCUGCCACGGGACAUCAGGGUGCUGGCCUGGGCGCCUAUAGACCCAGACUUCAGUGCGAGUUGCAGGAGAAGAAUGUACAAGUAUUUCUUCCCCAAAGGAGACCUUAAUAUAUUGCUCAUGGAAGAAGCCGGCAAAAAAUUGAUUGGUGAAUAUGACUUCCGCAACUUCAGCAAGUUCAAUGUUAAAGAUGGCAUUACAAACUAUGUUCGAAAAAUCAUGGAGGUUGAAGUCAAGACUCUAGAUGAGACCGAUGACGGAUUCACAAUGUGCGAACUCACGAUCGUCGCGAGGGCGUUCCUGUGGCAUCAGAUUCGCAGCAUCUUCUCUGUGCUUCUUGUUGGCAAAGGGAAAGAAUCGGUUGAAAAUGCCAUGAAGACAACCUCACCUCCCUCCAGCAGCUUUGGGCUGAGCAUUCCAUCAAAGCAACAAUAGUGAAGAGCAUGCUGAAUGACCUCGAGAAAGCUAAAGUGGAAACAGUGACCCUUGACGAGAUGAUAGCAUCACAUGAGUCGAGAAAACAGCGAUGGAGAGAAAAUGCUGAAAUUGAAGUGCAGGACGAUAGCAGUGAAGAGGAGAUUACGUCACGGAAACGUCAACGGCUUGAAAUUGAUAAGCCUAGCCACAUAGAUGAUAAGCCAUUUUGAACAUUAGAUAAACCCAAGUCCGGAGAGAAUAAGGAUCCUCACAUAAUUUAUGGAGAAAACAAUAAAGAAGAUGAUGACACUGUAAGGGACAUUGAUGGAGAAACUACUGAUAUGAAGGCUGAUAAAGAUAUCUGCGAUUCUAAAACCUCUCUUAAAGAUAAUGGGGAGGAAAACUUGGAGACAUCAGAGACUGGUAUGAAAGGAGAAGAGAAAGUGAGAAGAAGUACACAAAAAGAGAUUGGGGAAAGCUCAGUUAUAAGUCAAACUGGGGAAUGAGUCAUUUCCUUUGAUAAUUGUCAUGAGAAAUUCUCAGUCCAAUGAUUAAUUUGAAAAAUAAGAUGUUAAUAAGGAUUUUGUUGUAGAAUACAUUGAAAUUUAUUUGCAAGGAUUAAUGCUAUUGAGAAUUUUGAAACAUGGAUAUAAUGGAAUCGUGUUGAAAUACAAACUGAUUGAGAAAAGUUAUUUCAUUUUUAAAUUUACUGUACAUCAGGUUACGAUACUGACCAAAUAGACAGAGAAUAUCUCACGACAAACACAGAGGUUAAUAAUGACACAUAUUACUUGAUGACUUAUACUGCAAUAAGACAUGGACUCAAGCUGCUCAAGGUAAAGGAAAGGCAAAGUGUUAGAGAAGAACCUGGAUGAAGACUUUUACCAGUUGUAUGGUAGAAGGUUGAUAUUUGGUGAUCAUUAUUCCAAUGUCAAGGCAAGUUGUUAGAAUUAGAGAGGAGAGCGUAGUGGAGAAGGUCAAGGUUAAUGGUGUUUAUGACACUGAGGUCAAUGUAUAGAGAAAGGGACAUUGAAAUGGUCAUGGUCUUAGAUGAAAAACAAGGUCAAUGUUGUUCAUCACUCUUAAGGUCAAGGUUUGUUAUUCAAGUCAGAGUGGAGAGAAGGUCAUGGCUUCAGAGAAAAAAACAGCAAGAUCAAGGGUUUUCAUUAAGCUUAAGGUCAAGGCCAGAAUUUCAUGUUAGAGAGGAGAGAAUAGUUGAAAAGGUCAAGGCUGUGAAAAAAAGAAACCAAACAAGGUUUUUAUCAGUGUAGUUGUAUAUAAUGGGUGCUAUAUGUUUGCGUUUCAUUACCCUAUGUGUGUACGGUCAAGGCCAGUAGUUUGCUUUUAACCAUGUGAGCCACUGCAGUUGGACCAAAAUCAAAUGAAUUGAACUGAUAUUCAUCAUUAAUCUGUCACAUAGACUUGAGUAAAGCAUGUUUACCUUGUUUUCUUGUACUCUAGAUAUAUGGAGUUAUUGAGCAUAUGUCAGGCUUUUUUGUGCUUGUGGUAAUUUUGACCACUAUUUUGGUUAAGUGCUUUCUGUGUGUAUUGGUUGCUGUUGAUUGCCUUAUUUAAAGAGGAACUUUUUUCAGAUUUGUUAGUUCAGGUCAAUUUUACAAGGCCAUUAUUUAAUUUUUUCGAAACCACUGAUAAAUUGAUUAAUUCGCUAGGUUUUAUAUUUGUGGUCUGCUGUUGCAUGAAAACUAAACCCUCCCAAAAUGCAACAUCAUUGAGGGUUGCUUGUAGAAAAAGAAAUAAAUCCGUUUGGUCUGCUGGAACUUACAACAGCCUAGCUGGAGGUCUUCAAUAUGGUGUUUUUAACAUGAUCAUGAACUUUAUAUAAAAAAAAAUUGAAAUAUGUAAAAUGUGUGUUUUACACAUUGUCUUCUGUUUUAUUGGUUUGUUAACUAAAUUUAUAUUUUAUGUUAUGUUGCCAUGGAAAUGGGACCAAUUUUUACAUUGUAUACUUCCAUUGUUGUUGAAAAAGCAUUAGAAUAUAUGAAUAUUGAUAUUAAUACUCCUGCAAAAUAAGUUUGAAGGGAGGCGGUAUAUUGGAAGUCAUCAUAGGAUUGGUCUGUUGGGGGGAUAGUCAGUUGGCAAACAAUUGUGGAGCGAACGACUCCCAUAGUUUUAGAGAUAUCUCUGUGAUCCUAGGUACACAUUUCCACCAUGAUGGUUAAUUAUUGCCUUAUAUAUUUUUCGUGGCCUGUCAUCAUCUCGUCUUACACUUUCAGUUACAUGCCCGAAAGUAUCAUUUUUGGGCUAUAAUGGGGUUUGUGGAGUGACAAUUCCCACAGUUUAAUAAGAGGGUUUACUCUGAUUAUUGUUUAAUUGGUUGAAAUUACCAUUAUUAUUAAAAAGUAUUUAAGUGUAUUAAAGUAAAAGACGAAUACAAAAAUGCGUAUGUUCAAAACGUAAACUUAUGUACCACUCCUGUCAUAGUUAUAUACCUAUACCAUGUUUGAGAGUUACAUUAACUCCCAUAUUGGAAUGGUAACAGUAUGCGGGGCUAAACCAUUCAGUAUCUAAUAUAUUUGUAAAGAACAAUGAUAUUCACUUAUACUGCAUGUUAGUUAUUGAAUGUUGCCCUUGACAUCAUGGUACCCACUACCCUCGUAAUUGAAAUUAUACACUCACACUUAGGAGCUUGUGUAUUAUUUCAAUUACACAGUUGUGGAUGCCAUAACUAUAAUGUAAUAUAGUUUUACAUUACAUAGGAACCUUUUACAUAUGUAUAAAGGCUGAUCAUUACUGGCUCGUUAAACGAAAGUGCGAAGUUCAUUAAUCUCUGUUUAAUUACAGAGUGAUGUUGUUUUUUAGUGUGUUGUGAGAGUCAUGUAUGAUGUCUGUCUUAUCUGAGUCCUAACCAUGAUCCUUUCUAUGAAUAUAUCUUUUAUCUUGGUAUAUCUUGUUGAGAUAAUUAAAUUGACAUUUAAAAGCUGAACACGCAAAAAUAUUUAAUGAUUGGUGAGUGCUUAAAGAUUUACUGUGAUCUAUUAUCGUCUCACAAGGUAGAAAUACCUUGUCCUCUGCACCUUUAUUUCAAAUUAAACUCGACAACCUUCAUAAAAAACAUUGUUUUUGACAUUUAUUCAUCCUUUUUGAUAUGUUAAACAGUUGUAUUAAUUGUGAUAAAUCUUAUGUUGGAGUAAGAGUCCAUCUUUAAAGUAUCAAUAUAUUUCAGAAAUAGUAAAGUACUAUCCGGUAUAUCUUGUUGAGAGAAUUUACAGUAACUGUCAUGACAUUUUAGAAAUAGUAAUUUUUCCAAGAGCUGCCUGCAGUUCAGUUUAAGCUUUAUUAAGGAGUUUAAUACCGUUGAUGCACGUUCUUUUGCCAUAAAGUAAUUAAGUACUGAACAAAGUGUAAUCCACUUUACCCACUUUUUUCACUGUUUUUCGCGUGUGUGUUAUCUAUCCUAAUAUAUUAUAUACAGUACAAUGGUAAAAGAGUGAAGAUGUAGAUUAUACCACAUUUGAAUGUUUUAGUGUAUUAUCAACACGGUUAAGAUGGUAAAGGAGUGAAGAUGUAGACUAUACCACAUUUUAAUGUUUUAGUGUAUUAUCGACACGGUUAAGACAGUAAAGGAGUGAAGAUGUAGACUAUACCACAUUUUAAUGUUUUAGUGUAUUAUCGACACGGUUAAGACAGUACAGGAGUAAAGAUGUACAUUAUACCACAUUUUAAUGUCUUAGUGUAUUAUCGACUUGCUUGGUCAAAGGGUACAUCAGAAUGUAGAUAUUUUGUGUUGUGGACGUGUAACUAAUUUUGAAUGUUAAAUGUUGCCGAGGUAGUCUUCGUCAUUCCAAAUAUACAUUUUCAGAUCA